CUGGAUUCUGAAGAUGCAGAGCCGAAGCUCGACGAGCGCGAGUGUCUGGAUGAAUACUCAGAGAUGCAGAUGCCCGUGUAGCUCGCCGCAGCCUCAGCCAACCCUCCCAAAAAAGGGUUGGCGACAGUAGUUUGACGGCGAUAUUGAACCACUGGAGGCCUGGUCAGAUAUUUCACUCUUAAAGUAGCUUUUCUUGCUGGUUCACAGCAACGUGUGGCUUUAAAAGAUGAAGUGAGGAGAGCAGCACGGUUUCACUCACGACGAAUGUUUAUUUCAGGGUACAAGCGUUUCCGAAUCACAUGAUGCAAUCUCACAUUCGAAUGCUGGAACGGUGGAUAGAUUUGCAGAACUGACUGAGUUUUAGCCCUGAAAGUUGCUAUGAUUCACAUUGAAUAUGUGGAAGACCUAUAGGAUACAUUCCUUUAAAUUAAUGCUAAGUUAGUGCUUGUUAGGCUUUUUUUUGUUGCUUUUUUAAGCUCACCAAACGCCUUAUGAAGGAAACAAAUCUAUAUGCAGAGUUUUUUUUUGACAUCCUGUCUUUUUGUAGACAGCUGAUCACUUUAAACGCUAAGCUUGUAGCACUUUUAAAAAAAUACCAAAUCAGAUCAAUGACUGUAUGAUAUGUAAUUGUUUUUAGCUGCUUUGUAAACCUCUCUAAAUGUUUUUUGGCAUCUUAAAUGAUUUUUUUUGCCUUGUCUGUGCUUAGUUCAGAUGCAGCAUUUUAAAUAACUGCAGUGACGUGAGAUCACCAGCAGAGGGAUCCAGAAAUCAGUUUUAUUUUUACACCAGGGCCAUUAAAAUCAAUCUUCGUCACAUAACAGUUUUUUUUAUUUUUGUAGGAAAUGACACAUAAAUAUAUAUAUAUUCUAAAUGCACAAAAAAGUUUAGGUGCCGGUUAUGUGACGUCUCCUCGUUGUGGUUGUUUUUGGGAAAUACUGUGGUCUGUCGGUUGUGUUGUCUGUGCCAAAUUUUAUGUACAUGUAUGUAAGAGGUCAGAACAAGAACCCGGGUAUUCCUCCUUUUUCCUGCUGCUUUCAAAGAAGCCUCAGACACACUUUAUGGUAGAACCGGUUUAUAAAAUGAUUGCAAAUUUUGUGGUACAAGCAACAAAUUUGGCAUGAGUGUAGCUGACGGACAUCUCUUUUAGAAAUAGCAUGUUGGCCAUGAUAAAACUGUUGGUACCACUCAAGUUAAUACUGCAUUUUAUCCAUUAACAGCUGAUAUUGUUGAGACUAAGGCAAAUACAAAUCAAACAUUUCUGUAACAAUUGAGUGUAUGGCUGUCAUCUUUAAAAAUGGCCACCAUCUUAAAAAAAUCACUGCAAUCUUUAAAAAUGGCUGCCGUCUUAAAUAUUGGCCGCCUUCUUUUUGAAAAAUGGCUACCAUCUUUUUUAAAAUUGCUACCACCUUUAAUCCUUGUGCUGUCUUGUGGGGGCCAGGUGACCCCACUUUUAAUGUAAACAUGCCUAGGAUAUCACAAGGGUCACAAAUGGCUGCCAUCAUUAGAAAUUGCCACAAUAUUUAAAAAUGGCCGGCAUCUUUAAUUUUAAAAAAAGGGCCACAAUCUUUUAAAAAGGCUGCUGUCUUUAAAAAUGGCCACUAUCUUGAAAAAAUGGCUGCCCUCUUUAAUUUUUUUUUUAAAUGGCCGCAAUCUUUUAAAACUGCUGGUGUUUUUAAAAUUAUCCACCAUCUUUAA